AUGAUGGUGCAUGACGGUGCUGGUCACAAAGCGAGCGAUGCGCUUGGGCGACGCGCUUCAGGACUUUCAGCUCUCCUGCUUGCGCUCCGAGGGGCUGACGGUAGCUCCAAGCGAUCGGAUGGUACAGCAACAACUAAAAAGGACGUCGACAACAUACACGAGGAGGAAGAGGGUGGCGAGGAGGAGGAUGAAGACUACGUGGCCAUCGAGCCAGUCAGCGAGUCCGAGGAAGAAUACUUGGAGGAUUCGGAGGAGUCUUCCUUCGAUGAUGAUGAGGAGACGGCAUGGUCCGAGCUCGAAAGCGGGUCGCUGGCACAAAUGUCUUGCAGUGCAGUAGGGUCAUCUGCAUCUACUAGGUCCAAGCCCAGGCGAUCGGCAGCUGUUGCAAAAGCAGAGGACCCCACACUGGAUCCUGAGGAGGAUCUAGACGAGGAUGAGAACCAAAGCUUCGUGCCCCUUGACCUACGUUUUGGUGGUCAAGAGGCAACUCCGUUGUCCACUGUCUACUUCUUCCCCUGGAUGGACCAUGAUUGGAUGAUUCCUUGA